CAUGGCUCAAAUUAUCACAAAUAUCGUUCACAAUGUCGGCGGUGGCAUUGGUUUCGUGUCAGAAGCCUACAAAGCCCGCAAAGCAAACAAGACGCAGUCGAAAGUGAAAAAGGAUGUACGACAACUCGAGUACUUGCCAGACCAUGGAGUAUCGACCCACGACCUUGAAGAAGAGGCAUGGGAGCUCGACGAAGCCCAGGACGACCUCAUCGGCGAACCGAAAACCCAACUAGAUGAACCAACAGACCCAAGCACUCUUGCCGACGCAUUCAUAUCACGAUUACCAUCAUCCUCGCCCACCGCUGAACAGUCACUUACGCGACAAAGACUCCCAUUCCCCAUCAUAAUUCCCCAACGCCGACCCAAAGACCGCAGCCGCGGCAUAGUAAAAGCCUACCCACCCAUCCUCUCCACCCGCAACAUCUCCCAAUCUACCUUCCUCGACUUUCUCGAAACCUUCAACAAGUCAACUCAAGCAACAAAAUGGAUAGCAGCCCUGAAUCUCGCUUCCAUAGGAACAAUCUGGUUACCAACCGUAACGUCCAUCCUCGUAUCCAUCGCCAUCACUGCAGCCACAACAGCAGCAAUGGAAAUUCAAGGUCGCUACAAAACAAACAGGUUUUUGGAUAAAGUCAACAAAGAUUUCUUUAUGCCCAAGGGAUUGUUUUGUUUGGUCUUGACUUGGAAUCCUGAUACUGAUGAUGCAAAGACUGAUGUCAGUUUCGAGGAUAUGGCUGCAAAGGUCAUGAGCAAACAGAACGGACGUUUGACGUCUCUCCACAAAUCCAAUGGAAAGACUUUUGGAGAGCUCCAAUGGCCUGAGAUUGCACCUUUGACCUAUCCAGGUCUCGAUGCCCUAGCCACAACUCCAGGCGAGGCAGCGNCAGACCAAAAAUCAUCUCUGCAAAAGAAGAGGCGGUUUGUGGAAGAUUACAUGGACAGAAGAGCGCAAGCAAAAUUUAAUCCGGAUAGUGCUCUAGCUGCAGGCCCAAAGCCAGAGUUCGCUUCUCGCUUCGCGGACCCAAGUCAUCCAGCUAAUAGCGGUUCUUUGAUUGCUCUACUUUCGGGCGGAGCAAUUCAGAUGCCUGAGCAUACCAACGUAUUGGGCGGUCGCGGAGAACACGGAGGUAGUCGCACGAACAUGGGUGGUACACGUUUUGACCGAGGUCAUAGGGGCAUAAUUGGUCGAGGUCUGGGCGACCGAGGUGUGCUUGGAGGAGGGUUUGGUGGAUCUACCGAGACUGAAACAGCCAGGUUUGAACACUCAGACUCCGAUAGAAGAAUGCAGCGUGGGUUGGGAGCAGUACGCGGCGGGCGAGGUGGAAGCGAUGCAGGCCCAUUGGGACUUGUCCAGAAGGUCAUGAAGAAGGUUCGUCUCACUCUGGUUCACUGCCCCGAUCAUCUACUUACAGCGACGCAGGAUGUUUUGUACCUCCUCAUUGUGGACAUGCCUUCGGACACUGAAUUGGCUGCAGCACAAGGGACUGCAUCGGAGCUGUUGACUAGGCAGACU